UGUUGGACGGCGAGCGAUUGGCCAAAGGGAAAUGUCAGCAGCUGGGGAACCGGCUGCCCCAGUCGCGGUGACACGGAGGGAGCCGGGCCCCACGGGAACUGUCGCCGGUUGCUGUGGCGCAGUUUGAAACCGCGCUUCGGACCUGGGCCGUCGGUCGCUGAGCCAGGCGCCCGGGGCAGCAGCCGCAGCCGGGGGAGGAUGGAGACGGACAGAGUCUGGCGGGGGCCCCGGUGCUGAGAGAGUGGCUCAGCCCCAGUUAUGAUCCAAGUGAGCUGCAUUGGCUGGUUAGAGUGAAUAUAUAAUAAUGAGUGGAGCAGCUUUGGGUAUCGAGAUAAUAUUUGUCUUUUUUCUGGCUUUAUUCAUACUUCAUCGGUAUGGAGACUUCAAGAAACAACAUAGACUUGUGAUCAUAGCAACACUGCUGGCUUGGUAUCUCUGCUUUCUUAUAGUAUUUAUAUUGCCUCUGGAUGUUAGUACGACUAUAUACAAUCGAUGCAAACUUGCUGUUAACUCCAGCCCGCCAGAAAGCAGCAGCAGCAACAUAAUCAUCAAUGGAUCUUACCCUAGUUCUGCUCCAAGAAAACAUAGGUGCUCGAAACCAUGGAGUUAUAUCCCUGAUGGAAUUAUGCCAAUCUUCUGGCGUGUAGUAUACUGGACAUCACAGUUCUUAACCUGGAUACUGUUACCUUUCAUGCAGUCAUAUGCUAGAUCAGGAGGGUUCUCCAUUACUGGAAAGAUUAAAACUGCAUUGAUUGAGAAUGCAAUCUAUUAUGGCACUUACUUGCUGAUUUUUGGAGCAUUUUUAAUAUACGUGGCUGUAAAUCCAAAUAUCAGUCUACAAUGGAACCAGCUUCAGACAAUUGGGAUAGCAGCUGCCAACACCUGGGGUCUUUUCCUUCUUGUGUUGUUGUUGGGGUAUGGUUUGGUGGAAAUUCCACGUUCUCACUGGAAUGGAGCAAAAAGGGGGUACCUUCUUAUGAAGACUUAUUUCAAGGUUGCCAAACUGAUGACUGAAAAAGCAGAUGCAGAGGAGAACUUAGAGGAUAUUAUGGAGGAAGUCCGUAAAGUGAAUGAGAGUAUCAAGUAUAAUCACCCUCUGAGAAAAUGUGUUGAUACAAUAUUGAAAAAGUGUCCUACUGAAUACCAGGAAAGAAUGGGUAGGAACAUGGAUGACUAUGAAGAUUUUGAUGACAGGCAAAACAACUAUCCCAGUGAGAAAAAUCUGGUCAAACUUCACAAACAGGUAAUUUAUUCAGUUCAGAGACACCGUCGUACGCAGGUGCAGUGGCGAAUUCUUUUAGAACAAGCAUUCUACUUGGAGGAUGUGGCGAAAAAUGAAACCAGUGCAACUCGUCAGUUUGUUCAUACUUUUCAGUUCCAAGAAUCUGAAAACAGAAUUACCCGAUAUUUCUACACACCAACUGUUGAAUGGUACUGGGAAUGUCUCCUUCGGCCAUGGUUUUACAGAAUUCUUGCUGUUGUUUUGGCCACAUUCUCUGUAAUUGUUGUGUGGUCAGAGUGCACAUUUUUCAGCACUAAACCAGUUCUGUCCUUGUUUGCUGUCUUCAUACAACUGGCAGAAAGAACGUACAACUAUAUGUGCAUAGAGAUGGCUUGCUUCCUUACCAUCUUCUUCUUAAGUAUCUGUGUUUACUCAACUGUCUUCAGGAUUCGUGUAUUUAAUUAUUAUUAUUUAGCUUCGCACCAUCAGACUGAUGCAUACAGUCUCCUUUUCAGUGGCAUGUUAUUCUGCCGUUUAACUCCUCCUCUGUGUCUGAAUUUCUUGGGUUUGACUCACAUGGAUUCAUCAAUCUCUCACAAAAACACUCAGGCAACUGCAUAUACAUCAAUAAUGGGCUCCAUGAGAGUGUUGUCUUUCAUUGCAGAUGGGUUUUAUAUAUAUUAUCCCAUGCUGGUUGUCAUUCUCUGUAUUGCCACUUACUUCAGCUUAGGAACUCGUUGUUUGAAUCUGCUGGGGUUCCAGCAGUUCAUGGGAGACAAUGAAAUGACCUCUGACUUUAUUGAUGAAGGAAAGGAGUUAAUCAGAAGAGAGAAAAGAAAACGGCAAAGGCAGGAAGAAGGUGAAAAUAGAAGAAGGGAAUGGAAAGAGCGAUAUGGAAACAGCCGAGAAGAUUCCACUAGAAAUAGAAAUGUUCACCCAGACCAAAAAGAAUCUAGUUUCUCAGAGACCAACGCAAGCAGACCUGUGUCUAAGUAUACCAGGUCAAAUGGCAGGACCGAAAGGGAUAGAAUAGAACUCCUCCAAGAUGCGGAACCUUUGGAUUUUAAUGCGGAUUCAAUUAGUGAUGAUUCUCUUGAUCAUCCUCUUGACUCAGGAAGGUAUCAGCCUGGUGGAAGGUAUUUAUCAAUGUCACGAAGCCGAAUAUUUGAUGAUGUCUAAUCCCUUCAUAGCUUAUGAAAACUUAAUAGAAAUCAAAGUCUGUUACUCAUUAUUUGAAAAACACUGUAACAUUUCUGAACCAAAAAAGACCUUUUUCUUUAAUAAAAAAAUUGUGGAAAAUAAAGGAACAAUAAUAGUUAGAAAUGCACCUUGUAUAAUAACUUACUUACCAUGGACUAGAGAAUACAGCUGUACCCCAAUAAACGCAGUCCUCGGGAGCCAAAAAAUCUCACCGCCUUAUAGGUGAGACCGCGUUAUAUCAGGUUCGGUCCGGCUCCCCCAGCGGGGAUUUAAAGGGCCCAGUGCUCCAGCUGCUGCAGGGGGUCCCGGUCCCUUUAAAUCACCACUGGAGCUCUGGCAGUGGGGCUCGGGCUGGGAUUUAAAGGGCCUGGGGCUUCCCACAGUGGCCAGAGCCUCUGGCCCUUUAAAUCACGUCCUGAGCCCGGUUGCCAGAGCCCUGGCAGGCAGCCAGGCUCGGGCAGUGAUUUUAAAGGGCAAGGGGCUCCACACAAAUUCAGAUAUAAUGCAGUAAAGCAGUGGGGCUCGUGGCCCUUUAAAGGGCCAGGGACUCCCCGCUGCUUUACCGCAUUAUAUCCAAAUUCGUGUUAUAUUGGGUCAUUUUCGAUUGGGGUAGAGGUGUAUUUGUAUUAACAGGCAUUGUUACGCAGGGAGAGGUGGGUUUUGUUUUUGUUUUGUUCUUGGGGAGGCAAUAAACUUUUAAAAACCCUCGUAUAGUUAGCUAUAUAAGCAGAGACUAAAUUUUAUACAUGCAAAUAGGGCUCAGAUUGAACUAAUUUAAGGUUUUGGGAUGGAUUUUUUUGUUGCUUUUGUUUUUAGUUUUGGAAGGAAUUUUUUUUAAAAAGAUGCUCUUAGAAAUAUAAUGUAGUUUUUAGUAAUCCUAAGUGAAAAGUUAAAUGAAGUACUGUAUUACACACUGUUAUUAAACACUUUAUGAUUUGAAUUUUGCGCCUGAACCAGAGUCCCCUGAAGUGAAAAGUCUUCCAUUGACUUCAGUGGCCUUUGCAUCAGGCCCUUUGUGAGUAGAAGGGAUCAAAUGGCAAUUCUGUAUACAUGCGCUAGCAUAAAAUGUGGAAGGUUUACACAUCAGUCAUAGGAUUUGGAAUUUUUUCUCUUUCAAUAUUAUAUACAGUUAAAUGGUAGCAUGUAUAAUUAAGAUUAAAUAUAAACAUAACUAUUUUUGCUAUCACUGUCAUUCAAGCAUGUGUACAAUGACAGGAAUGCAUCUGGUGACUGUUUAAGAAGACUUUUUACAGUAGUAGCAGUUGAAAAUCUUGGUGUAAGAGAAAUUUUAAUGUGAAAUUUGUCAGUUUUAAAUUACAAUGUUACAGUUUUUCACAAACGUCUAGCACAGUGUAAAACUCUUGGAGCUUUCCAUUUGAAGACGUGAACUAUGUAGCAUGAAUCAUUAUUGCUAAAUGCUUUUGACAUCCCAACGGCACUGCAUAAGGUAUCUGUGUUUUUAAGGCUCCUAUAUUUUGCAAUGAGUAGGCUCUUCAUUGCAAGAAGAAGUCCUUAUUCGUGCAAAUAAACACCAUAAAAAAUGCCAAUGAAUAACAGUGCAAAAGUGCUGUCAUGCAAAUGUUUUUUGGGGGGAAAUAGGCUCAACUUAAAUUUUGGUUUGUUUGCAAUUUUCAGCCAAAGUUAGGUUAUCAGUUGACAUUUUUUAAUCAUUUAGAAGUUUUCUCAUUGCAAAAUUAUGGUGAAAGCUGAAGCAUUAGAUCUCAUAGCUAUUUUUCUUUUUCAUACUUGAAAGAUAUGCAACUCCUAAAACAUCUAGAAAUGGGACUACACUGAAAAAUAGGUUUUCAUGGAUGAGGUAUUCCAUUUAGUAACGGUCUGUUUUGUAAAAUCUGUGUUAAUGUGAUUCUAACCUGCUUUAAUGAAUAAUAAUUCAGAAGUUGAGAAAAUAAUGCUACUUGUAGUGUAUUCUCUGCUUAUUUACAAUGAUUUGAGUACUAUUUUGAAGGAUAGUGAAAUUCUAGUCCACUUCUAUAGAACCCAUUACAUAAAUAAAUAGACAUAUAAUAGCA